AUGCCUUCACAUUUCGAUACCGUUCAAUUGCAUGCUGGACAAGAGGAUCCUGGUGACAACGCUCACAGACCUGCUGCUGUGCCUAUUUACCAAACCACUUCGUUUGUUUUUGAAGACUCCCACCAUGGCGCUCAACUUUUCGGCCUAGAAAAACCAGGUUACAUGUACUCCAGAGUCGGUAACCCAACUGUCGAUGUCUUGGAGAAGAGACUAGCUGCCUUGGAAGGCGGUGCUGCUGCUGUAUGUGUUUCCUCCGGUCAAGCUGCUCAAACUCUUGCCAUCACUGGUUUAGCCCAUUGCGGUGAUAACAUUGUUUCCACUUCGUAUUUGUACGGUGGUACUUACAACCAAUUCAAAGUUGCUUUCAAAAGGUUGGGUAUUGACGUCAGGUUUGUCCUAGGUGACAAUCCAGAGGAUUUCGAGAAGCUGUUCGAUGAGAAAACAAAGGCUGUCUAUAUCGAAUCUAUCGGUAACCCUAAAUACAACGUUCCAGAUUUUGAAAAAAUCGUCGCUGUUGCUCAUAAGCAUGGUAUUCCAGUUGUUGUCGAUAACACUUUCGGGGCUGGUGGUUUCUUCUGUCAACCAAUUAAGCACGGUGUUGAUAUUGUCACUCAUUCUGCUACUAAGUGGAUUGGUGGUCAUGGUACUACCAUUGCUGGUGUUAUUGUCGACUCAGGUAAAUUCCCAUGGAAGGACUAUCCAGAAAAAUUCCCUCAAUUCUCUAAACCAUCUGAGGGUUACCAUGGUAUGAUCUUCAACGAUGCUAUGGGUCCACUAGCUUACAUUGCACACGUCAGAACCGAAUUGUUAAGAGAUUUAGGUCCAGUUAUGGAACCAAUCGCAGCUUUCUUACUUUUACAAGGUGUUGAAACUUUAUCACUAAGAGCUGAAAGACAAGGUCAAAAUGCACUAAAAUUAGCCCAAUGGUUAGAAAAAUCUCCUCAUGUCAACUGGGUAUCCUACCCAGGUCUUCCAUCUCAUCCAUACCACGAUAAUGCCAAGAAAUACCUAGAUAACGGGUUUGGUGGUGUUUUAUCAAUCGGUGUCAAACCAUUAAAGGAUGUUUCGGAUUCCGAUCCAUUCAAGAAAUCAGGCGCUCAAGUUGUCGAUAACUUGAAACUUGCCCUUAACCUAGCAAAUGUCGGUGAUAGUAAGACUCUAGUGAUCGCUCCUUACUUCACCACCCAUCAACAAUUAUCAGAUGAAGAUAAGUUAAAAUCAGGUGUUACUGAAGAUUUAAUCCGUAUCUCUAUCGGUACUGAAUUUAUUGAUGAUAUAAUUGCAGACUUUGAACAAUCCUUUGAAAAAGUUUUUGCCGGUCAAAAGUAA